GCUGCUGUUAUAGGAAAUACCCUCAUUUCCCUCCCUCCUGACAGCACCAUCUUCAGAGAAAGAAGAGCUGAACAGGAAAUUAGACUGACAAAGCCAGGCAGGCAGGACAGCAUGGUGUAGCUGGUAUGUUGUCUCUGGCUGAGUGUGGUGUCUCCUGUGAGUCUAGAUGAGUUUGCACCAAGAAGGCUGUGCCUGGUCCCUGGGAGCUGCGGCAUCUGGCCUUUACCAGAAACAACCUGCUAUCUGAAAGGUAGAAGGAGUUCUGGGGUGCUGUAUGACCACCUUGUUCCCUAGAGGUGUCUCUAAGAGCAGUCCCCAGAUGCCCCACUCUGACCUGCACCCCUCCAUCCCACGGCCCAGGGGUUGCGGGGCCCAGAAGGCAGCCUUGAUCCUGCUGGUUACCUGCCUGGUAGCCCUUUGGGGCCUGGGGGAGCUGCAAGUACACACUCUCUGGUGGCUGUUGCACUAUCUGGUCUCCCUGCGGUUGGGGCUGCUGCUCAAGGGGCUGUGCAGUAUGGCUGAGGAGCUGAGCCACAUCCACUCCAGGUACCAGGGCAGCUACUGGAGGGCCGUUCGGGCCUGCCUGGGCUGCCCCUUCCGCCAUGGGACUCUGCUGCUGUUGUCUUGCUGUUUCUACUUCCUCAACCCAAAGGAGAUUGGCAUGUCCUUUACUUGGAUGCUUGCCUUCCUGGGCCUCUCACGGUCACUGGACAUCCUUCUGAGCCUCCAGGAAUUGUCCCCAGCAGAGGUCUCUGCAGUCUGUGAAAAAGGGAACUUCAACGUAGCCCAUGGGCUGGCCUGGUCAUUUUAUAUCGGGUACCUGAGGCUGAUCCUGCCAGAGCUCAAGACCCGGAUUCAAAUGUACAACAGACUCCACAACAACAGACUGCGGAGUGCAGGGAGCCAUCGACUGUACAUCCUCUUCCCAUUGGACUGUGGGGUGCCUGAUGACCUGAGUGUAGCUGACCCCAACAUUUGCUUCCUACAUAAGCUGCCCCAGCAAAGUGCUGACCGUGCUGGUGUCAAGGACCGGGUUUACUCCAACAGCGUCUAUGAGAUUCUGGAGAAUGGGCAGCCGGCAGGUGCCUGUGUCCUAGAGUACGCCACCCCCUUGCAGACCCUGUUUGCCAUGUCUCAGGACAGCCGAGCUGGCUUUAGCAGGGAGGAUCGCCUGGAGCAGGCCAAGCUCUUUAUCCGGACACUUGAGGACAUCCUGGCAGAUGCCCCUGAGUACCAGAAUAACUGCCGCCUCAUUGUCUACCAGGAGGGGAGGAACUUCUCCCUGUCCCAGGAGAUACUCCGGCACCUGCGGCAGGAGGCGAGGGAGGAGGUUUCUGUAGGCAGCAUGGAGCCCCCAGAGAUGCCUGAAGCCUCCAGGCUGUCCCAAGAGCCCCAGCUCCUCAUCAGUGACAUGGACAUGCCUCUCCCACUCCGCACGGAUCUCUUCUGAGGCUCACUUUGCCCGAGCACCAGCGAUCCCUAAGACUCCUUCAGUGUCUGGAUGCCCAUUUCAUCCCACAGGGGACCACUCGGAGAAGGUUCUUGGUGUUGACGUGACAAAAUGAAUCCUCUGAUCUGGGGGAGGUUGUUUUACCCCUGGGAUCCUCAGUAUCCUCACCCAUGAAAUGGGAUUACAAUCAUUGCCCUCCCUACCUGUUAGAGCUGCUGUCAGGACUAUGACUAUGUAUGUCCGGAUUUUGUGAAUUCAAAAAAA